AUGGGUCUCUCAUUAUCGUCGCUAUUCACUUCACUCUCCUCGCUCGUGCACUGGAGUAAAGAGAAGGAUGUCCGGAUACUGAUGCUUGGCCUUGACUCCGCGGGCAAGACAACCAUCCUUUACAGACUACAGAUCGGAGAAGUAGUGUCCACCAUCCCUACCAUCGGCUUCAACGUGGAGACAGUAGAAUAUAAGAAUAUCAAGUUCCAAGUGUGGGAUCUCGGGGGCCAGUCAAGUAUCCGACCAUACUGGCGGUGUUACUUCCCCAAUACUGCUGCGAUCAUUUAUGUCAUCGAUUCCUCUGACACUGCGCGACUGUCCAUAUCACGGUCGGAACUGCUCACUAUGCUAUCUGAGGAAGAGCUUGCUGGCGUGCCAUUGCUGGUCUUCUGCAACAAGCAGGACGUUGAGGGUGCGCUGAAGCCUGAGGAGAUUAGCGAACAGCUGGGACUCGCAGGAGGGGAGAAAGAGCGCCAAUGGAGCGUGCGUGGAAGUUGCGCGCUGAAAGGCGAGGGUCUCGAAGAAGGUCUGGACUGGCUGGUCAAUGCAAUUCAAAAGAAAUAG